UAGACAAUGUGGACACCGUACGUACGUAAUACGAAGUAAUUUUCUUCUAAGCAUCAAUAGGUUUCCUUGCAGGACAUCAUACCUUCGCAUAGUUUUCUCGCAAAGCCACUGACUCUUUGGCCGGUCGAUCUGCUGCCUUCAAAGGAUGGCAGAGUACAACCCGCAAAAGUCAAAGUCCCCGUCAGAACCUGGCCAUGCCGAUACACUGAAACCUUCUGCCUCUCAUCUGCAACACGAAGGAAGGAACACUCGCAGAACGACACACCGAAUGGCUGCGACGGAAACCUCAUCGGAUCAGGGAAGGCACGAGGAUGAUCUUUCAAAGAAAAAUUCGCGGGGACCUCCAGCCAAAACCUCCAAAAAUAUUGAUGGAUAACAAAAAUGACAUUCCACGUGAGGUCAAAUUCCAGAUACAACCGUACACAACCACAAAGGCAGCUCACCCACCCAUCGGUUUUCCCCAUACUUCAGGGCUUAUUAGGGAACUUACCACCGUUGUACAUCCUGAUGGUGAUGGAGAGAUUUUACGUGAUGAAGAUAUCUAUCUUGCUCAUCGUGCUGCUUGUUCAUCCAGGUAUCCGGUAAGAGAUGGUGUAAUCAAGGAUAGUAAAAGACAAUUAUCGAAUUCUAAAACCUUCAUGACACCAACUAAAGCCUACAAAAUCCGUAGCAUGUGCCUCUUCCAUAUGAAAAUAUUGGUUUUCUUGGUGCAUCUUCAAAUUUUCGAUGGUAUGUGCCAUGUCUUGGCAGUGUUCAGCUUUACCAACAGUGCAAAAUAUGCCUACCGAUCCACAGCCGAGUUUGCCAGACAUGUCACGGAUAGUGGCGAAGCCCAUCCCAGUCGCAAACCUUUUCCUGAGCUUCACAGGCCCGCCUCGCCUGUAUGGAGCCAUGAUUAUGAACUUGAUCUCCAUCGGCGAAACCUGGAGAUUCAGUCAAAUGAAAAAAUCUGGACCGUAACCAAAUCAUGAGCUUCAGUUCUCAGGUAUCCAACACCAAUUUAUUCAAGGAAGAGGUGUAAGUAUCGGC